AUGACUGCCAUUGAAAAGAGACAAUACGGGGAGGAAACCUCCAGCGACGUGGAGAAGCAGGUUCAUCCUCCUCUGGCGAGAAUGUCCUUGACUCGGCGCCUCGGACAUCUAGCUGCCACAUUUCUACUGGCAUGUCUCCUUUUCAUCACGACUGGAUCUCCCAGAUCGACGGCUCCUUUCAGUAUCGAGCACAGAGUCGACACAAUCCUGUCAACCACUCCAUUGAUCGAUGGCCACGACGACCUUCCUAUCUUCAUUCGUGCCCGUUUUAACAAUCAGAUUUACGGGGAUAACUUUACUAUCCCUUUCACCAAGGGCAAUCUCACCGGCCAUGUUGAUCUACCACGACUCUCUCAGGGCAAAGUUGGAGGCACCUUCUGGAGUGUGUUUGUCUCAUGUCCAAAGAACUGGACGAAUUUCUCGGAUGCGACAUAUACCACAAGUGUUCGCCAGACGAUGGAGCAAGUCGAUGUCAUGUCACGGUUGGCCAAGGCUUAUCCUGACACUUUUUCUCCGCCUCCCAAUGGAACUACUGCGCUUCAGGCGUUCCAGGAUGGCAAGAUCAUCUCUCCCAUGGGAAUAGAGGGACUUCACUCAAUCGGCAAUUCCUUCGCCUUGCUGCGGAAUUUCUACCAACUGGGAGUAUCCUACGCCACGCUUACGCACAACUGUCAUAACCGUUACGCCGACGCGGCUCUUGCCGAGCUGCCCACUGGCGGUGUUAAGAUAGCUGAUCCACACUGGCAUGGAGUCAGUGAGGCUGGGAAAAAGGUGGUCUAUGAAAUGAACCGACUGGGUAUGAUUGUCGAUCUGGCGCAUGUCAGUGUGGACACAAUGCGCGAUGUUCUGGGCGCAGGUAAGGACGAAUGGACUGGCAGUCGCGCCCCAGUCAUCUUCAGUCACAGCUCAGCACGCGCAAUUUGUCCACAUCCUCGUAAUGUUCCCGACGACGUCCUGGAGCUCGUCAAGGCCAAAGACUCGCUUGUCAUGAUCAACUUCUCGCCCGACUUUAUUUCAUGCACUGCAUCGGACAACCCAAGUGAGCUACCAAAGACAGAUCUGGCCCAUGCCACUCUGGAUAAAGUAGCAGAUCACAUUAUGCACAUUGGAGGUCUGAUUGGGUUUGAUCAUGUUGGUCUGGGCAGCGACUUUGAUGGCAUUCCAACUGUCCCGCAAGGACUGGAGGAUGUGUCAAAAUUUCCGAACUUGGUCGCAGAGCUUCUGAGGCGAGGAGUGAGUGAUGAAGACGCUGCUAAGGUGGUAGGGGGCAACUUACUUCGGGUCUGGAAGCGAGUCGACGAGGUUGCACUGCAGAUGCAAGAACAAGGAGCGGUGCCUGCGGAAGAUAAGCUCGAAUAA